UUUUUUUUCACUUGAUUCACUCCUUUUUUCUUUUUCUUUUUUCUUUCUUUUCUUUUUUUAAAAUUGAUUACUACUUUUACACUUUGUUUUUCUUUUAAAAAAAUAAAUAUCUACAUAUAUCUUUGAAAAGGAUUUUGUUUUUAUUCUGAAAUAUCAAAUACAUAUCUCAAAGAUAAACAUGCCUUCUCAACGACAUUCCAUGAGUGGGUCUUCUUCGUCUACUGCUAAUGUCGUAGGAGUUCAUUUCAAGAUUGGUCGAAAGAUUGGUGAAGGUAGUUUUGGUGUUAUUUAUCAAGGUAUCAAUCUUUUAAACAAUCAACCAGUAGCAGUGAAAUUUGAACCACGAAAAUCGGACGCACCACAAUUACGAGAUGAAUAUCGAGCUUACAAGAUUUUAGCUGGUAGUGUUGGGAUACCAUACGCUCACUAUUUUGGUCAAGAAGGAUUACAUAAUGUAUUAGUGAUUGAUUUAUUAGGUGCAAGUUUGGAAGAUCUAUUUGAUGCUUGUUCAAGACAAUUUUCGGUGCGUACAGUGGCCAUGCUUGCAAAAGAAAUGGUGACAAGAAUUCAAUGUGUUCAUGAACAUAAUUUGGUUUAUAGAGAUAUUAAACCAGAUAAUUUUUUGAUGGGACGAGCUGGUAACAACAAUAAUAAUGUGGUAUAUAUGAUCGAUUUUGGCAUGGCAAAACAUUAUCGGGAUCCAAAAACAAAACAACAUAUUCCAUACCGGGAAAGGAAAAGCUUAUCAGGUACUGCUCGUUAUAUGAGUAUCAAUACUCAUCUUGGUCGUGAACAAUCUAGACGUGAUGAUUUAGAAUCUUUGGGUCAUGUUUUUAUGUAUUUCCUUCGUGGUUCUCUUCCAUGGCAAGGUCUCAAGGCUGCAACAAAUAAACAGAAAUAUGAAAAGAUUGGUGAAAAGAAACAAAGUACAAGUAUCAAGGAUCUAUGUGCUGGAUUCCCUGGUGAAUUUGCCAUCUAUCUACAAUAUGUCCGAAAAUUGGGAUUUGAAGAAAAUCCUGAUUAUGAUUUCUUACGUGAACUUUUCAACAAGGUCCUCAAAGAUGAAGGUGUUGGUAAUGGUGAUUAUACUGGAUUAUACGAUUGGGAAUUACUUGCUUCAAAUAAAACAAAAGUAAAUAGAUAGAUAGAUAGAUAAAAAAAAAAGAAUUCAUUUUCCUUUUUUUUCUCUCCUUUCUUUUAUUAGAGACUAUCUUUACAACAACCAACAUCUUCUUCAGCUCAACCACUUCAUUCAAAUACAAACAAUGAUCAACCGAUCAUAGUUAAAACGGAUCCAACACCCAAACAACAGCAACAGCAACAACAAC